UAAGCCUUCAGAUUUACAAAUUAGUGGACCAGUUAGAAAUUUGCAUUAGUUAUAUUAAUUAAUUGUUAUUAUAUUAAAUAACAAUAGCAUUAUUAUAUCGUUUUGCUGUUCAUAGCCUAUCUAGUUUUCAUAUAGUUUUGGAUGUGUUUGUUGAUGUAAAAUGGCGAUAUUGGUAAAUAACGAUAAAGCCUUUUUCUUUAAUGCCGUUCAAAAUCUUGCAAGAGCUCUUGCAAGCUUGAAACCUACUCCAGUUGAUAAGUUGAAUCGUUUGCUCUCCUUAUGUCCACAAGAGUCACCACAGGGAAUUUUUCGUAUUGAUCAACGUGCCCAAGAUGCAGUAAUUGCAUUAGGAAUAUAUUUUUUAAAAUCUGGAUUUCAGCAUGUUGAUCUCAUUCUACCGUAUUUGUUAAGGUUACUACGGGGACUAGCAAAAUCCUUGUGGGUUGAUGAAAUCCGCAUCCAUGCUACAGACAGAAUUCCACCUAGUGAGCGAUUUAGUUUCUGCUUGAAUACCUUACUCUCUGAUAUUGCAUGCUUUUGUGAAGAUGUCAGAGAAGAGAUUAUCUCAUCACAAGUGGAUUUUCUUGGAGUACUGGCAAAUAUUUGCCGCAGUUACAAGGAUACUCAUUCGCCUAGAGGAAGUACGGCAAAAGUCACACUUUGCAGGUCAACAUUACCAGUAUUAAUUGGCACAGCUCGUGCUAUGGGAAGAGCUACCAAAACCUCACCCCCAUUACUGUGCAGAAUAUUCCCACCACCACCAACACCUGUUCUCUCAUCUUCAGAGGUCUCACGGAGUGGAACGUUGCCAAAACGACGUACAUUCACUAAUUUCAGACCAAUCAUUCCACGAUCAAUGUCUGGGUUGUCAAACAGUUUUUCUUCAUUGGGACUAACUAGCCAAGAUUCGGGAACAGAUCUUAUUUCCCUGGCCAGUUCUCGUGAAGUUCAGUACAAGAAACCUUCUUUGCACAGCCAUUCUUCUGUUCCUUAUGAUUCCACAUCUUACUUUUUCCAUAAAUUUGGGUCCAGUUUUGGGAGAAUGCCAGCAUUAGGAGUUACAGAAUCUGCUAAAGAGGAUAAUCCAUUGUCUUUCUCCAUUGUUCACCUUCAGGCUGUAUUAGCCAUUGCCAAAAAGUUACUUACGAACGAGUUACUGAAAUUCUUUGAUGAUGAAACAUUGGAUGUAUUUGUGAGUGGACAGUUGAAGAUUUAUCCUUACAAGACUUAUAGUGAAACUGUAAAGCUGGUCCUAGUGACGCUACUACGUGAACUACUACAACAUCAAACAGAUUUACCUAUUCCAUUCACUAAAGACGUUCAAGAAUUUGUAAAAGGUCUGUUUCUUUCUGGACAAACAGAACUUCAAAGCAGACAUCAUGAUGCUAGUGAACGAGAGGAUCGUGAAUCAAAUUUUGCCACUGUUAAUAAGUUUAAAGUUAAUGUACAGACCAAUGCAGCUUGUGUAGAUUUACUUGUAUGGGCAACAGCAGAUGAAGCAGGUGCUGAUAGCCUAUGUGGCCGCUUAACAGAAAAAAUAAAUUCUUCACAUGGACACAAGUUAGCCUUUGCUCAUAUGCCUUUAAUUAUUGUUUGUUUGGAGGGACUCGGAAAACUAGCAGAGAAGUUUCCCAGUAUAGCAGAUGUAAGCAUUGCUUCACUCCGAGACUUUCUGGUCAAUCCUUCACCCGUGUUGCUAAAGCUUCAUAAACAGCAGACCCCUCAGAACACCCACUCAGGCCCCCUUUGUAUCAUGGUGACAGACAGUUCUACAUCAACGUUGAAAUCAGGCACUGUCUCUAGCUCUUUCAAUGCUUUUGAGAAGUUACGAGAUAUUGCCAUAGAUAACUUGUGCAGGGCUCUUAGAGCAGGACUGGCAGAAGAUCCAACGUGUGUUCAGGCUUUCUUGGCUUCUGUCUCCAAUAGGCUGUAUCAGGCAGAGAAGAGUGACAUGGAAUCUACCCUUGUGUCUACCAACACAAUUGUUUCUCUGGGCCACAUUGCUGUGAAUUUGAAGGAUACACCAAGAACCAUGGAGUUUAUUCUGCAGUUCUUUCAGCAAAGAUUCUGCAGACCUCCUUCUCCGUUGGAUUCCCUUAUUGUUGACCAGCUGGGUUGUAUGGUGAUUGCUAAAGGAGAUGUAUAUGUAUAUGAGGAAGUUAUGAAAAUGUUUACCAUGAUCACCGUAGAGUCGAGUUCUGCUUACAACAUAGGGAGUGCAGUUGAUCGCAAACAAGGAUAUAGACAUGUCUCACUAUCUGUUAUCAAUGCUUUGGCAAAUAUAGCAGCAAAUCUUCAAGGAGAAACUGAACAGCUGGAACUGUUAGUCAGACUGUUAGAGCUCUUUGUACAGCUAGGAUUGGAAGGAAAACGAGUUUCAGAGAGGCAGCCCGCAGCUUUUAAAGCUUCUGGUAGUGCUGGAAAUUUAGGUGUGUUGAUCCCGGUAAUAGCUUUGUUAAUCAAACGACUUCCAUUAAUAAGUAACCCCAAACCUCGGCUCUUGAAACUUUUUCGAGAUUUCUGGUUGUACUGUGUUGUUAUGGGCUUCACAACAGAAUCUGGGCUAUGGCCACAGGAAUGGUAUGAGGGAGUGAAGGAAAUUGCUGCUAAGUCUCCAUUAUUAGUGUCUCGAGAACAUCUGCGGUCAGAACUACAGUAUAACUCUGCCAUAAGAGCUGAAGCUGUUUCUUGGGCAGAAUUACAGGAACUGAGAAAUCAGCUGUUAAAUCACCUGGACCAUCCAACAGAAGUGACUCCACUGAUCAACAAGAUGGGUUUUCCACAGUGCACAUACUUAUUGUCUGUGUACAAAAUUGAAAUUUUGAGAGCCCAACAAUCCUAUGGUAACAUUCCUUCUCAUCCGAUGAUGCAGUAUCUGGAGGAUCCGACAAUCCAAAAAGACAAGGCUGGAAUGUGGCAGUGCAUACUUGCUAUUUCAGACAAGGUUUUCUUAGCAUUUUUGGAUGUCAUAUCUAACAAACCAAAAAAUAAUGAGAGAGACCAAGAACUUGAACAACAUGCAACUUUCCUUUUAAUGAAGUUUAAUCAUCCACAUAAACAAAUACGAAGGGUGGCAGACAAAUAUUUGUCAGGACUGGUUGACAGGUUUCCUCACUUGCUAUGGAGUGGUAAGGUGCUGAGGACAAUGCUUGAUAUUCUUCAUGUAUUAGCCAUAUCCCUUGAAUUGGAUGCCAAUAAAGAAAAUCCUGAACUCAAAGUUCUAAACACAAACUACACAUUGAGACUGACCGAUACCUUGGAAGCUCGAGAGAGCAUUGUUCGAGAUUUUGCUGCAAGAUGUCAAGGUAUUAUUCAAGAAGCUGUGAAGUGGGCACCACAAGCUACCCGAUCUCACUUGGAACAAUACAUCUCGAACUUCCACUACACAUUUGAUGGAUUAACUCUUCACACUGGUUUGGCCCUAGCAGUAGAAAGUGUUAUACAGUUUGCUGGACUUAAUGUUAUCUCGCAUACAUUGCCUACUGCUACACUUGAUAAAUGGCCAAGUUGUGUAAAGAACAAUUCUUCAGAUUUCAUUUCUACUGUGGGAUUACGAUGUCGAUUUGCUGGUGAGAUUAACGGCCUGCUUCGAAGAGCAAAAGAUUCGGAUCUGGCAAGAAAAGAGUUGACGAAACAAUUGCUAGAAGAUUUGAAAACUAGUUGCCAACUGAGAAAUAUGUCAGAUUCAACUGCUUACAAAGAAUCAGUUUUCCGUGUCUGUGCUCUUCUCAUUGCUACAGAUGGAAUAAAUCGGCACUUGCUUCAUGCCUUGUGCUGGUCAAUAAUAGACAUGUUUACAGAUGAGGCCAUGAGGAGUUUAGUGGCUUGUUGGCAGUGGUUACUUGCUGCCAGGCCAGAUAUGGAACUUAAGUUCCUAGAAGAAAUGGCCUUGGCCUGGCACAUGACUAUUGACAAGCAGAUGGGUCUAUUUGCCAAUGAUCCUUUUCAAGUAGACCCACUUGCAGCUCACGAAGGAAGUAUAUUGGCACCGAACCCUCCUUACAUAGGUCCUCAUGCAAUCUGGGUGAAGUUCUUAGUUGAAAGAAUUGAGAUAGCGAGGUAUUGUAGCCUGGAUCAGGUAGAAAUCUUCUCAAGCAUACUACAUCGAUCAUUCACUGUCUCUGUGGGUCGAAGUAAUCACAGAUGUAGACAUGCUGCUACCAUUGGCACCCGAUUUAGACUGUUGACUAGUGGUUUGUCUCUUCUUCAAGGAGAUAUUCUACCUAGAAGUAUUAGUAAGAGUGUCCUGAGAGAACGCAUCUAUUCAGCUGCUUUAGACUAUUUCUGUGGACCUCAAAUGUGUCCUACUCAGCAAGGUGCAGAGUUGAGAGAAGACAUUUUGGCUGUGGUUAAGUUUUGGCAACAUCUUCAUACUGAUAAGAAAUACCUCAAAGCUAACAUGAUGACAGACAUGUGGGAUACUGCAACUAGCAACAGUCUAGUUUUAGGCCUAAGUUCUGAGCUCAGAGGCAGCAUGGAACUUUCCCAGAGUCGAGGAGCUCCCACAGGAUGGAUUAACACAGUUCCACUCAGCAGCAACAUGUCUACUAUCUCUCGUCGUUCUUCUGGUGGUCGAGGAUCUAAUCGUCGUGAUUUGAAUGCAGAGGUCUUUGUCAAAGACUAUAUGAGAAAACGAAAUCUAAUACUUGGAUUGUUAGCAGCAGAAAUAGAAUUUCUGAUCACGUGGCAUAACCCAAUGGCCUUGCCUGAAAAACAUGUGCCUUCUGAGGAAACCAUUGCUGCAUGGCAUAGCCAACCUGUUACAGAGCGAAUGUGGAGAGACACGGCACGCUUGGCCUGGGAUAUUUCUCCUUCCUUGGCUGUAUAUAUUCCUUGUCGCCUACUGACCCAGAUGCUAACCUGGGCACGAGUGUCUCCGGUAAAAGCUCUUGCAUACUUCUCCAGACAGUUUCCUCCACAUCCAAUCACGGCACAAUAUGCUGUGCGGUCAUUGGCCUCGUUUUCCCCCGAUGUCAUCUUGUUUUACAUUCCUCAGUUAGUACAGGCAAUACGAUAUGAUUCAAUGGGUUACGUGACAGAGUUUAUAAAAACUGCUAGUAGUCGUUCCCAACUUUUGGCCCACCAACUGAUAUGGAACAUGAAAACCAACAUGUUUGUUGAUGAGGACUGUCAAGAACAAGAUGAAAUCUAUGAGCCCCUGGAGCAUCUAAUUACCAGCAUUACUAGCUCACUUAGUGGUUCUGCCAAACAGUUUUAUGAAAGAGAGUUUGAUUUUUUCAAUAAAAUAACAUCCAUUUCAGGAGAAAUUAGAUCAUAUCCUAAAGGUCCAGAAAGGAAGCAGGCAUGUUUAAAUGCUCUGAGUAAAAUACAAGUUCAGCCUGGUUGUUACCUUCCUUCCAAUCCAGAGGCUAUUGUUGUAGAUAUUGAUUACAAGUCUGGUACACCCAUGCAGAGUGCUGCAAAAGCUCCAUUUCUGGCUCGAUUUAAAGUUCGGCAUACUGGCAUCAAGGAACUGGAGAAUCAAGCAUUGAACAUCAGUCAGAACAACACAGUCACCACUAACUCAGAAAUGGGUAAUGAGCACUGGCAGGCUGCGAUCUUUAAAGUUGGAGACGAUGUUCGUCAAGACAUGCUAGCCCUUCAGGUCAUUGCUGUUUUCCAGAAUAUAUUCCAGCAAGUAGGUCUGGACCUCUAUCUUUUCCCUUACAGAGUGGUGGCUACAGCUCCUGGAUGUGGGGUGAUUGAGUGUGUUCCAAAUGCUAAAUCGCGUGACCAGCUCGGGCGGCAGACAGACAUAGGAAUGUACGAGUACUUCAUCAAGAAGUAUGGAGAUGAGUCCACUCAACAGUUUCAGGAAGCUAGACGUAAUUUUGUCAAAAGCAUGGCUGCUUAUAGUGUAAUAGGUUUCCUGCUGCAGAUCAAAGAUCGUCACAAUGGAAAUAUCAUGUUAGAUGGGGAUGGUCAUAUAAUCCACAUAGAUUUUGGCUUUAUGUUUGAGAGUUCUCCUGGUGGCAACUUAGGAUUUGAACCUGACAUCAAGCUUACCGAUGAGAUGGUGAUGAUUAUGGGUGGCAAAAUGGAGGCUGCACCUUUCCGCUGGUUCAUGGAGCUGUGUGUACAGGCUUAUCUUGCUGUGAGGCCUUACAGAGAUUCCUUGAUUUCAAUGGUCACUCUGAUGCUGGAUACGCGUCUUCCGUGCUUUCGUGGACAGACUAUCAAACAGUUGUACACCAGGUUCCAACCAGAUGCCAGUGAGAAAGAUGCUGCCCAGUACAUGAUAAAGAUCAUUAGGGAUUCUUUUCUUAACUUCCGAACUCGUACUUACGAUAUGAUCCAGUAUUAUCAGAAUCAGAUCCCUUACUGAAAACAUCUAAAGUUAGUAGUACUAGUAUACCUGUCACAAGAGCUGAAUUGAUGUGUAGCUUUACCAGAAACCUUACACAAUUGUUUAAUACAUAAUUUUUACUAUAGCUAUUCUCUUGCCAAAUAUCUUAAUGCCUACUGCAACAUUAAUCAGCACUAUACACGAUACAUUGAUUCCUUUAUUUGUUUUAUAAAAUAUGGUUUAGUUUUGUCAAUUUUCCCAUACCAUUAUGAUUGUAUUACUUACCUGAUGUAAUCAGAACUCUAUAGUUUUUAAAACCAAACAUUUGUAUAAAUUAUUACCGUAUCUCUUAUUAAGUUCUUUACAGCACCUAAUACUUCAGAUCUCUAUAUGUUACUGAAUUCAUAAUCUUUUAAUAUUAUAAGAAGUUGAUUAUUCUUUGCUCCAACUAUAGUGAACUAUCAUUAGAUUUUGGAGGUAUCUUUACUUGAAGUUGUGUUUUUAACUUCCAACAGGUGUAAAAUUGUUUGUGUAUGUACUUGUGAUCUUAUUCAGCACUAUACACGAUACAUUGAUUCCUUUAUUUGUUUUAUAAAAUAUGGUUUAGUUUAGGGUAUAGAGUUAUGAUGAUUAUCCAAUUUUAAACUGUUAAAUUAAUGAUUUCCUUAGAGAUACAUCUUCCUUCAUAUGGUGUUUUUUUUUCUAUAUUUGUGUGAUAAUACACAUCAUGUCAGCAAUCUCAGAACCUUAUUUUUACUCCUUUCACUAAUGUUUAUGCUUAUUGUACAUCAUUUGUAGAGAACCGUAUAGGUGUAGUACUUGUUAAUGGUUAAAUUGGCUGUUAUUGCCACCUCUGAUAUCCAUGUUCAAUUCCAUGCUUGGUCAUACAUAGGAAAACUUUGAUGUUUUAAAAUAUAAUAAGCUAAUUCAAGUUGGUAUUAAUUGUUGUUGUCUGUAGAGCAUGCUGUUUUAAGAAACAGCUUGCAAUUUUUUGUUAGAUGUCUGCUCUUUAUCUAGUCAAUGAGCAUAUGUACAUAUAUAUAUAUAUAUAUAUAUUAGAAAAUUAUUACUAAUUGUUUACUGUCAAUAGUAAAAAAGUGUAAUGUCUAAAUUAUAAAAUUAGGAACUGCUGGCCAGUAAUAUAUGUAAAAUUCUAGAUCAGUUAAUAAAAUUAUCUUAUGCCUGAUAUCCUUAUUCAUACUUGUUUUCAUACUUCUCUUCAUAUGAAUGAACUCGACAAAUUAAAGAUGGAAAGUGAAUUUAGUUCAUGAAAAGGAUCUAAUUCACAAUAUGAUUAUUUUGUCCUAUAACCAACUUUCGAAAUAUCACAGACAUAGCAGAUAGGCUAAGAUAAAUAGAGUAAUUCAUAAUGGAGAUGUUUCCACUAUUAGCACUUAUAGUAUGGGGGCAGCAUAAUGCUCUUUUCAAAAUAUAAUUUUCUCCAUUAUUCCUACUUUUUGAUUCAGUUGGUAUAGGCUUUUCUAAGCAUUAGGAAAUUUAGAUCCUGGCAGAUACAUCGUGUAAUGAUAAACAGUAGAUUAACGACAACAAUGUGUGUAUGGUAUCAAACAUUUAAUCAUCGACCGUUUUAAAAUGUACAUAAACCAUCUUCAGCAAGCUAUGUUUAACAAGGUAAAGUAAUAGGUACCAACUAUUUAUAGAGUUUAAACAUUAUGUAAAGAUUAAUUUCAAUACAGAAUAAAAGGAUGAAGUCAAGUAAAAACAACAACAAAUGGGAAAGAAUAGAAAAAUGCAACAAUUGUAACAAAAUGAUACAAGUUAUCAAAACAGGCUUAACUGUAGCAAGGCUGUGUUAUUGUUUGAAGUUGGAAGUUCAUUCAUAAUAGCUAAACUUUCUUUAAUUAAAAGUUCGAUAUUGGAUGAUCCAGAUGAGAUGACUUUGAAAUUAUUAAUCAAGAUGGGGUGGCUGCAAUAUGUUUACUAUGUGUGCAAAUUGCACUCUGGAGGAUGUGAUAGUUUUUUGCCGGGUCUGGAAUGUACUCCCAUAUGUUCGCAGGUGUAAUUGGUAUACAGUCUUGCCAAAGUAAGUGGCAUUACAGACAUCAUAUGGAUAGGCAAUAGGUCUUUAGAUCUGAAUAGGUUUUGAAUCUUAAAAGGUAAUUUAAAUAUCAUAUGUAGUUUUACUUGUGGAUAAAAAGUUUUCAUUAUUCUUCAAAUUUGUGACUUCACUAUGAAACUUGUUUACCUAAGAAAGGAAUGAUCAGUCUUAAUGGGUAUUUUUCUACAGUAUUUGGUUUCUUUGGGAGUUCAAUUUUGUGAAAGAGGAAUUUGCAUGUAAGAGUUUGAAUAAAAUGUAAGGGAUAGCCAUUAUUUAUUAAAUAUUCUGUUGGUUAGUAAUUUCGGUAUGAAGAGAGAGAGAGGUGGUUAGAGCAGAUGUUAUAUGCUUUGUUGAAUAGACUGAGUAUAAGGAAGGCUACCUUUAAAGGGGUUU